AUGAAGCCAAGAAAUGUUAAUUUAAUUAAAGUUUUUACUGAUGACGAAGAGGAAGAGGAAACAUCUGAAUCGAAUAAAGAAAAGAAUCUUAGAACUCAUAUCAUUAAUCCAAUUGAAAUGGAAGUAGAAUUCACUCCUAAACAAAAAUCAGUUAAAAGAACACGAAAUCCUUCCAGAAUUGAUAAUCUUGUACCAUAUAAUAUAGCUGAUAAUAUCCUAUCAAAACAAUCUUCUACGACCCUAAGACAAUAG